AUGGAGAGUGAACCACCUUGCAAAAAAACUAAAGCUCCACCUCCAACCCCAGAAGAGAUUGAGAGGCGACGUGAAGCGAGAAAGCAUGAAGUGGUACCACCAGGUUUAUCAAGACGUGAAUGGAAGAAACAACAAAAACUUCAACGAUGGGAAGAGACCAAGGACCAGUAUCGACAGGACAUGAAGUUGAAAAAGAAACAACAGCGACAACGCAAACGUGAGAGACUUAGGAGUGAUGAAGAGUACCGCAACAGCAUCAUCAAAAAGCCAAAGCACCAAAUUGCCACUAAUGUAAAGAUUGCCAUUGAUUGUGAAUUUGAUGAUUUGAUGAACCAAAAGGAAAUAGUAUCAAUGGCGAACCAAAUUAGAUCUUGUUAUUCAUCAAUGAGGCAUUGUCAAUACGAGCUACCCAUUCAAGUAAUGUCAUUCAAUAAACGACUUAAACAAAGGUACGACACAUGCAACCCCGAGUACACAUCCUGGAAAGGUAUUCAAUUCCAAUCGGAACACCUUGCUGACUUGAUCACACCAGAAAACAAACAUCAAUUUGUCUACUUGACAGCAGACACCGAUAACGAUAUUCAAGAAUUGAGUCCCAAUCACACGUAUAUCAUUGGUGGAAUUGUUGAUAAAAAUCGACACAAGAAUUUGUGUUUCAAUAAAGCAAAGUCGAUGGGUUUGGCCAUGGCACGAUUACCCAUUGGACAGUAUAUCAAAAUCAAUAGUCGUGAUGUGUUGGUGACUUCUCAUGUGUAUGAGAUUAUUUGUCGAUGGUUUGAAUGUAAGGAUUGGCGACAGGCGUUUAAUAAGGUGUUGCCUCCUAGGAAAGUGGUCCAGGGUACCGAAAGUGGGCAAGAUGAUACAAGUAAUGAUGGAGAAUACGACGUUGGAAUAGAAGAUAAGGAAAAUGAGUGCGAGGAUGGAAAACAGGAUGCAGUUUGUGAGACGCCACGAGUUGUUGAUGAGGCUGGCAAUGAAAAUGAAAAUAACAAUGUUGCAGAUGUCAAGAAAGAAUAG